AUGGCAUCAGUGACGCGAAAAUUACUUAAUAUUUGUCGAUUUUGUCUGUGCCAGGACGAAAGUAAGCUUCGCCCAAUCGAAAAAAUACUGCCGCUUACGGUAAAAGACGUGGAACGGUUCACCGGUAUAAAGAUAAACACGCAAGAAAAUAUAUCUUAUGCGAUAUGCUUCGACUGUACACAAAAAUUGAAAACCUCAGCCGAUUUUCUUCAGUUCUGUUUAAACAACAAUGCAGAUUUCGAACAGUUGCGAAGGGUAGUAGAAGCCAGUGCUAAUAAUGUGCCUAAUAGAACAGUUCAACCAGCAACGUACCAAGAUAGGGAUCCGCUAGAAUUACAUUUUGUUAUCAAAGAUGAUGAUGAUAAUGAGGACGAGGAAGUAGAAGAGCCUAUUGUUGAAAUUUACGAUGAUGGCGAAGAUUGUAAGCAUGAUGAAGAAGAUGAUACUGUUAAUGAUGCUAACAUUGAAGACCAUAAAGCAUGGAACGAUCGAGUAGACAACUACUCUGCCAAUUACAUCGAUAUUGGAGAAUAUUCGGAAAAUGAUGAAUAUGAGCCUGACUAUAAAUAUUCAACAUUUUCAAAUAAUAGCAUAAACAAGUUUGAAGGAUGGACUCAGCUCAAUGCAGUAAACAACCGGGAUAAGGAACCGCAAGUGGUCGAAAUUGUAACUCAUCGAACGAGUAAAACGUUUCUUCCCCAGCAAUUAUGCAACUUGUGCGGUAAGCUAAUUACAAACAUAAAAGCCCACCUAGCGUCACAUGCAAAUGAUAGGAAAUAUGCUUGUCCACACUGCCCGUUGAGGAUGACCAGUAAAAGUAAUAUGGACAAGCAUAUAAAGAGCGUGCACCUCAAAGUCAAAGUAAAAACGUGCUCCAUCUGCGACAAAAGUUUCAGCAACAAUACUUCCUACACAGCGCAUAUGGUAAGUAAUACUGUUCACGAUGAUAGUGGUAUACGGUAUACGUGUACGGUGUGCUCGAGCAUGUAUAAACACAAAUCAGGCUUAAAGUUACACAUGCAGAGAGCCCAUUCAAACAUUAGGAAUUUGGCAUGUAAUAUAUGUGGCAAGUUGUUUAAAAUACGCCAAACGCUGCGCUAUCACAUGAGAGUCCAUUCGACAGACCAACCGUUCCCGUGCAGCAAGUGUCCCAAACGGUUUAAAAGUAAAUAUGCUAUGAAAACUCACGAACUAACGCAUAGUGAAAUAACGUUCGACUGUGCCCUUUGUGUGAAAAAAUACCGUUACAAAUCACUGCUCAACAUGCACAUCAGAAAGAUACACAUGCACCUAGAGAAGGUGGAACUUCCAGAGGAAGACGAAUCUACGGAGCACAGUAUGAUAUCGCACAUCAAAACUAUACAUUUGAAGAUGAUAGGGAAAACAUGUACCAUCUGUGGGAAAGGCUUUAUCCACCAUAAAACCUACAAAUAUCAUAUGCUUACCCAUCAAAGUGAGGGGAAAAGAUUCGAAUGCAAGGCAUGUUCCAAAACGUUCGUGAACGCUGUUUACUUGAGAGACCAUUUCAAUAGACUGCAUAACAUUGCACGGAAGAACUGA